UGCAGAAAGAGGCGGGAAGAGGGGAGGAGUCGCAAAGAGGGGCGGCUUGCGAGGCUUCUGUGUGGGACGGUGGCCUUUGGAGUAGGCAGCCCGGAUCCUGGCGGAGACGCGUGAGCUAAGGGCUUAUGGAGGAGUACGCACGUGAGCCCUGCCCCUGGAGGAUUGUGGAUGACUGCGGUGGCGCCUUCACCAUGGGAGUCAUCGGGGGAGGCGUCUUCCAGGCCAUCAAGGGCUUCCGAAAUGCCCCAGUAGGCAUCCGGCACCGAUUCCGGGGCAGCAUCAGUGCAGUGAGAAUCCGGGCCCCCCAGAUUGGAGGUAGCUUUGCUGUCUGGGGUGGCCUGUUUUCUACCAUUGAUUGCGGGCUUGUCCGACUCCGUGGGAAGGAGGACCCGUGGAAUUCCAUCACUAGUGGUGCUCUCACUGGGGCUGUGCUGGCAGCACGAAGUGGGCCCCUGGCCAUGGUCGGAUCAGCCAUGAUGGGAGGGAUCCUGCUGGCCCUGAUUGAAGGUGUGGGCAUUCUCCUCACCCGCUACACAGCCCAGCAGUUCCGGAACACACCCCCCUUCAUAGAAGAUCCUGGACAGCUGCCCCCCAAGGAAGGUUCUGCCCCGCCCCCCAGUUACCCAGGCUACGGACAGUACCAGUGAAGCCACCAGGCCAUGGGGGGCGGGAGGGGAAGAACACGGGGAAAACAGGGGGAUGCUUGGAUCCUUGAGUGUUGGGGGGAAUGAACUGGACUCCAACUCUUUUUCACUACCUCUCUGAGCUGGUGCUUCAGGGUAAGGGAGCCCAAGUGCCCCCUCCUGGCAGGGGUUCACAUCAUCUCAGGGAGUGUGACAUACCUCAGGGAAGGGAUUGCCGUUCCUAGAGAUGAGGGUUGGAUUGACUAUUCAGUGCUGCCACAGAGGGGCCCCUGUAAUUUUCCCAAGAAAUUAGUUGACUGAGACCAAGUCAUGGUUGGCUCCCAGCUCACGUAUACCACCAUCCCCCACCCCCAAUUCCACAUACAACCCCACCCCCACAAAAAAAAUCUGGCCUUUUCUCCUUUCCAGUUUUUCUUCCCCAAAUUUCUCCCUCUUUAUUUAAAGCUGGUUCUGAAAGCUA